AUGCGGUCUGAUAAAUCAAUGUGCGUUCAUUCACAAGGUCAGGCAUUUGAUUUGUACGAAAAUGAAAAGGAAGUUCUCAAAAUUGCGACUAACCAAAAUUUUCUUAUCGGCUACCAUGCCUGUUUCGAAACACCCAAUAAUUACAUCAUAGCUAUGGAUUACGCAUGCGGUGGAGAUUUGGAUAAUCUUAUAAAAUAUUUGGGUAGAAUUCCAGAAGAGUCCGUUAAAUUCUAUGUAGCGGAGUUGGUUGGGGUAUCAUUCCUACAUUCCAAAGGGAUCUUCCAUAGAGACCUCAAACCAGAGAAUGUAAUGCUAGAUAAGGAUGGCCAUAUACGAAUAACAGAUUACGGUCUUUGCAAAAGAGAUUUAAGUUACGGCGAAAAAACCAAAGAGAGGGUGGGUACACUGGACUAUGUAGCGCCUGAAAUCUGGCGGGGUAAAAGUUAUGGAUUAAUAGGUAAAAAAGCAAUAGUCCGUAUUCCAGAUUCAAUAUCUGAUGAGGCUUGCCAAAAAAUGGAGAACAGGCUGGGAUCCAAUCCCAGCACCACCAUCCAUUCCAUUGCCUCCCUGCGCUUCUUCAGUUCUAUCGAUUGGAAAUUGCUCGAAGCCAGGAGAGUGCAACCACCUUACAAACCUAUACUUCCACCCUAA